AUGGUGACACUCCUACUGACCUUGUUGAUGACCUGCCAUGUUCUGGUAGCUGUGGCUCAGCCUGCCGGUAGAUACGUCUACAGAGCGGAGGGCUACGAAUUGACCUACGUAGUCGCCGAUUCAGGAGUCGGGCUCGAGUUCCAUGUCCCGGGCCAUGCACCCUUCAGGGACCCGCCGGUCUACCCCCUAAAGGGCAGCAGUGGAUUUUUUACCGUCGAUUUCGAGGGCACAUUCGAGGGAGUCGAUUUCUGGUACCGGAAUAUCCUCUUUCUCUUCCCGGAAGCGAAGAUUGUAGAGGGCGAUCUGACCGAACUGAGAUUCUUCCGAUUCUUUGGGCCUAUGAUAGCUACUCGAUUCCAAGGCCAACAUAUCGUCUUCAUCAGAUCAUCCGCUUAA